AUGUUCAAAUUUUAUUGGCAGCCACUGCUAGCCUGCUGCUACUUGCGUACUGACUCAUUAUCAACUGAACGGAUGGCGGAGAUAUGGUCCGUGUUCAUCGCGAUUCUGCGCAAGAGCGUACGCAAUUUGCAGGCGUGCACCGACGUGGGGCUAAUACACCACGUGUUGCAGCGGUUGCCGCGCGCCGAGACCGUCGUGGCCGACCUCCUCAUAGAGAUGCUGGGCGUUUUGGCCAGCUACAGUGUCACAGUAAAGGAGCUCAAACAGCUCUUCAACGCCAUGAAGGCGGUCAAUGGGAAAUGGCCGCGCCAUUCUGCCAAGCUGCUAAAUGUACUCCGCCAGAUGCCACACAGAAACGGACCCGACGUGUUCUUCAGUUUUCCCGGUAGAAAGGGUUCUUCACAUAAAUAUAGGUAUACGCGCUCCCUGAUGACCAUGAUGACCAUUUUGCAAAAAGUGGUUCUGGAGGCGCCGGGUAUCGAUCCCGGUACCUCUCGCAUGCUAAGCGAGCGCUCUACCAUCUGA